AGAGAUGGCCGAGGGUGGAAUUGAACCCCGGUCUCCUAGCUGUGAGGUCUGCACGCUAACCACUCGACCACCUGCAACAUCCCAUAUUUAAAAUAAUAAAUAAAAUAAAUACGCUUCAAAUAAUUUAAAUAAUUUAAAAUGGAUCGUUACUCACCACUAAUGAAUGAUUUGUGGCGAGUGUGAGUGUCACGGCUAGUGCUAGCAUGUUAGCACCCAACUAUGGUGCGUUCAAGGACAGCUGAUCCAAGUGUAGAAUCUCAACAUUAAAAAACACUAAGUAUAAAGUCAUAAAGAUACAUACAUUGUGGGUUUUAUAACAGUAGCACAUAUGUGGUAAUCCCUCGUUAAUUGCUUCCAGACUCGACCGUGAUAAAUGAAUUUCUGUGUUAUAAAUUUUAUAUUUUUUAAUGUCAUGUUUAUUUCGCCAAAAUUAUCAAUUUUCAUGCAUAAAAAUGGAUACAUUAAGUAUAUAAUAGAAAUAUAAGGCAUUCAGAAGAUGCAUUCAAACACGUGUUGCUAUGUAGUAUUCUACACUGGCCACUAGGUGUCAGUAAUGUUACUUUCAUGUUCAGCUAAACAGACAAGAUUUGAUUUAGUUGCAGCUGGGAUAGGCUCUAGUGAAGCCUACCUUCUACCUCUUAUCCUCACGAGGGUUAGGGGGGUGCUGGAGCCUAUCCCUGCUGUCUUUGGGCGAAAAGCGGCGUACACCCUGGACUGGUGGCCAGCCAAUCACAGGGCACAUAUAGACAAACAACCAUUCACACUCACAUUCAUACCUAUGGACAAUUUGGAAGCAAUUUCACCGAGUACAGAGCGUCGUGGUAGCACUACAGCCUUCUUCCCAAAGAGUGAAAAUGACACCAGGACUCUCUCGGGGUCCAUCUUGUCUGAACCUCCAUCAGUGACCAAGAAAGAUCAGGAGGCCAACUUGGAAAAACAUUGGCCCUCCCCUCGUGGUUCAGCACAACCUGACACAUGUCCCCAACUCCUCGGGGUUUUGCCCUCAGUGAAAUUGAAAGUGCGAGUACCUCGUGUCCAAUUCCAGGACGUGAGAUAUCGUUCACGUUCACGUUCGUUCCAACGUCCAUCUACUUGGACUAUAUCUCCAGAUGCGUGUCACAGCAUUUGGACGCGUUCAUGUUCAUGUUCAUGUGCGUCAGUGGCUUCGUUUUCUACGCCAGCACUAAGCCCCUCCUACCUUCUUAGACUCCACCCCCUCCUGCUGUGUGUCAAUAUAAAAGCUUGCAUCCACUCCCUCCUGCACUCGCAGUCCGACCAGCGAAGCAAAGCUCAGCAUCCUUCUACGCGCCAACACUGACAGCUGCAGGCAUGAAUGUCAUUAUCUACCUGGUGGUUUUCCUGGCUGCUGUGUCCAGGGUCUCGCUGAGUCUGCCCUCACAGUCCAUUCCCCACAGAUCUGAUGGUACGGUGGUGGUGUCAGACGACCACACGAGUAACCGCACACGCCAAACCCGCUCCGCCGAUCCUCCUUCCAGGCAGCUCGGCGACUCCAACCAAGCCCAGGAGGACAUGGAGGCUCUAAACACCCUGAAACUGCUCCUGGCCAGACUCAUCUCCAGGAAAGGCAUGCCCUACCAAAGCAGAUCGUCCAUCACCAGCAGAGCCGUCGGUCCCGCCCCCCAGCACAGGAUAAGCGACAGAGAUUACGAGGGAUGGUUGGACUUUGGAAGACGCAGCGCAGAGGAGUACCAGUACUCCUAAAAGCAUGACUUGCCAUCUUCGAGUGCAGAGCUACAACACUCAGCAUUGCCAAAAAUAAGCCCCGCCCACCCUGCACUUCCCACAACACACUGCAGCGUAGUCGAGUAUACAUAUGCACUUUGCACCCAAAAUGAUUCACACCCUGGACGAAUCUUCAGGUAAAGGGAUUUUAUUAAGAAAUAACAAAGUGACACUCGGACUUGUGUUAACCCUUCGAUGCACGAGUGACUGGACCCUACACUCAAAAAUCACCCAUACUAGAAUCAAUGCAUUUUUAUGCCAAUUUUGCCAUUUUGGUUAGGAAUAAUCACUUGUAUGAUAUUUAGUAUUAUAUUUAGGAGUUGAUAAGUUGAUAAGAAUCAAAGGUUUCUAUUGGAUUCCAUAGAAAUUGCAUGCGGGUCAUUGUUGACUCACUUAUGGAAGGUUGGGGUAGUAACACAAAAACAACCAUUUCUUAAAAUGUAUAAAAGAUAAGUUAAAAAUGUGAAUGGCGUGAUAUCAAAAAUGUGUUUUUUGAGGAAUACCUGGAAUAUGAAAUGAUAAAAAAAAUUUCAUUACAAAAAUAUUUCAAGAAAACAACCUGACCGGGUCAUUUUUGACCCACUUAUGGAAGGUUGGGGUAGUAACAUAAAAACAAAAAUUUCUUCAAAUGUAUAAAAGCAAAAAAUGUGAAUGGCAUGAUAUCAAAAACAUGUUUUUUGAGGAAUACCUGGAAUAUGAAAUGAUAAAAAAUUUUCAUUACGAAGAUAUUUCAAGAAAACAACCUGACCGGGUCAUUUUUGACCCACUUAUGGAAGGUUGGGGUAGUAACACAAAAACAACAAUUUCUUAAAAUGUAUAAAAGAUAAGUUAAAAAUGUGAAUGGCGUGAUAUCAAAAACGUGUUUUUUGAGGAAUACCUGGAAUAUGAAAUGAUAAAAAAUUUUAAUUACGAAGAUAUUUCAAGAAAACAACCUGACCGGGUCAUUUUUGACCCACUUAUGGAAGGUUGGGGUAGUAACACAAAAACAACCAUUUCUUAAAAUGUAUAAAAGAUAAGUUAAAAAUGUGAAUGGCGUGAUAUCAAAAACAUGUUUUUUGAGGAAUACCUGGAAUAUGAAAUGAUAAAAACAUUUUCAUUACAAAAAUAUUUCAAGAAAACAACCUGACCGGGUCAUUUUUGACCCACUUAUGCAUCUAAGGGUUAAUAAAAUGUAUGCAUAUCAUCCACCAUUUUGAUGAGGGAAUUUCUUUCAUUUCUCCAUUUUCCUUUCCGGUUUUCCAAUGAUAUCAUUAUGAAAGGGAAUACAUACACAAACUAUAAACACAAAGGAAAAUGCAAUGUACGGACUGGGAGGCAAGGUCAGUUGACUCUGCCGUUCUACUUUUGGAUGAUACCAUCACCAACUUGUCCAUCAGUUGUUGUCAUAAUUAAUGUUUACAUGAGAUGACCGCCACAGGUACAAAGCACGGUGCAUAUCUCGAUAAUUGGGCUACGCUUUUAGUCCGUAUCGUAUUUUCAUUUUUUUAAUGAAGCAUGAAAAUGAAAUGGCAAUCUACUGGCAUGUAAUCCUCCAGUAUAUAUAUAAUAACAAAUACAAAUAUUGAUACUGCGUUGGGGGCCACUCUGAAGCACAAAGUAUGAAUCAUUUUGGGGUAUGUAAAGGAUAUAUGUUUAUGUGUGGAAAAGUCAUCCCAUGAAUACAUAUAUAUACAGUACUGCUGUGAAUCCUCACGCUGCGAUUAUAAGCACUUUUAAACACCAAAAAAUGAAAACCACAAGGCUUAUUUAAUACCCUGCACCCCCCCUCCCAUAAUGCGCAGAUAUUACGUAUGUACAGUGACAUCCCGUUUUAUUCAACUGCCACUGAAAAUGGGGGGGGUGUUUCAUUCAGCAUGUUAAGUUUUAUGUCAUAAAGCAUAUUGUUGUUUUUGGAUAAAAACCUGCCACAGCUACAUUUUGUUUGUUUGCAACAAAUAAAUAAAGGAUAAAGCUGUCAUUUUUAUCCAUUUAUAUUUAACAUUCAAAUUUGUAUCAUUUAUACAAAUAUACAACUCAGCUGCCAUAGUUUCACCUGCAAGUAUCCAUCAGAUGUAAGCACGGCAUAUCAAUCUAAAAAAAAAACUAUCGUAUACAUAAGAAAUUGGGAUUCAGAUAAAUAUGUUUAGGAUUUUAUGUGAUAUUUAGGAAUAUUUGGGACAAAUUAGGAUCAUGUAGGAUGUCUUUUUUUGACUCACUGUCAAAAUUAUUAUGUAAAUAAAAUGAAAUUCUGAACAAUCUCAGAUUUCGAGACCAAAGUAACCAAGGCCAAAGGUCACACUAGCUUCCCUUCUCAUAGCUGUCUCAGGCAAUGCCUGUUACUACGAUGUAUUAAAAUAAUCUGGAAUUUCCAGAAUAACAUCGUACAUUUACGAAAAUAAAUGCAUUAAUUUACAAGAAAAGUGGGAACAUUACGAGAACAGAGUUCUAAAUUUACGAGAAGAAACGCGUGACUUUAUGUGACAGACAUAACUGAGACAGCUAUGAAGAAGGGGGCGCUAUGUGGAGAGGGCGGGGUUACAAAGGCGGAAGUGUAAGGAUGCCAA